GCAUUUUUUCGUUGACCACCUUGAUGAUUAUUUGUAAUUAAUACCCGUCUGAUUUGCUCCAGUGAUUGACAUCUAAAAGGGUUAUUCAAAGUCUCUAAGUUCUUAGAAGCGGGCUCGAUGUGUUAAUUGCUCCCUUGUUUCGAACUGUGUCGGCUGCCGAGGUAAAUGCUACUUUUUUUAAGAGGACAAGAAGAGCAGCACGCUUGGUAUGGUCCAUAUAAUCGUACACCGAAUGGGUGGCAUGGCCGACGUUCUGUAUCGACUCAUCACCAUAUGGGUCUUCACAAGAAUAGCAUUCUGCCAAGAAUCAAAUGUUAGACUACAGAAUGGACUUACCCCAAGAGAGGGCAGAGUGGAGGUUCGCAUCAAUGGAACUUGGGGUACACUCUGCGACAGCAGCUUUGGCAUCAACGACGCCCAUGUGGUUUGUCGUAGCCUGGGCUUCACUGGUGCACUUGGUACCACGUCACUUUCGGAGUUUGGACCGAGUACUUUAACAAUCCACCCGAUCGAUCUUCGGUGCAACGGGAAAGAAACCACUCUUUCAGAAUGUCCAAAAAGUAAUCUAGAUCACCUGCCAGAAGGAUGCGGCUCGUAUAAUGAGGCCGGCGUAAGAUGCUCAGACUGCCGGGAUGUAAAUCCUAGAUGUGAAGAAUGGGCCAGCCAAGGGGCUUGUGAAUCUUACCCGGGAGAGAUUUUACAUGUCUGCCAGAGAAGUUGUGACCAGUGUACCCUGCUUAGCAUAAAUGAUUCAGCACCACUAUCCCCGGCAGAGGACACGUGUGUAACCGGACAUUGCUAUCUCGACUCAAACAGUGCAGACUAUAAGUGCAUACCAGCCGUUGAUAUCUGUGUGACCGUAGGAUGGUACCAAGGAAUCGUGUGUGUACCAACACCGAUUGCACCAACCCCAUCAUCUGUACGGUGUAUGAAUGUGUCUACUGAACGAACCAGGACUACUCUGUCUCCUUUCGAAGUAGUAGGUGCAUUGGGUAGUAGGUUGGAUGAACUUGCCCAUACCACACCGGAAACAGACGACGAUUUCGAAAUGGGUCUUAAGAAUCUCGCCAGCCUGUUCUUAUACGCUCAACUUAACAACUUAGAACUUCACCCCGAGCACAUAUUGAGCCGGCAAAGACAGGUUACACUUUUAUUCUUAUAUGAGAUGAAUUUACUCACCAUUGAAGACAACGCCUUCAGUGGGUUUCCACGCAUCAUAACACUAAUUUUGGGGGUCAACAAGAUUCGGGAGAUCAGAAAUACUGCCUUCACAGGUCUGCAGCAGCUACAGUAUCUGAAUCUUCGAUUUAACGAGAUAUCUUCGAUUGAAAGUGGUACGUUCGCACAUCUCAGUAAUCUUUUCUUCUUGGAACUGAAUGAUAACUCUCUCUCCUACCUGCAGCCGGGUGUAUUUUCUGGAUUGGUAAACCUUCGAGCUCUGGCUCUCUUCAACAAUGAAAUUCGAAGGAUUGAUAAAGGAGUUUUCGACGACCUGGAGGAAUUGCAAUUCUUGUAUCUCCAGUCAAAUAACAUUAGCGACAUCCAAGUCGGAGCAUUUUCUGAUCUAGGAAACCUAAGAAUCUUGAAUUUGGCAUCGAAUUCCAUUAGCCAUCUGAAAAGGGGAGUAUUCACAGGACUGCGAUCUCUCCAGUAUCUAUUCUUAACUAACAACAACAUCUAUGUUAUCGAAGGACACGCCUUUGAAUCCCUGUCGGAACUCCAGUAUAUGUUUUUCCUCGGUACUGAAUUGGGAGCUGUAGAUCCUAAUGCACUAACUGGACUGACAUCAUUGGAGAAAAUGUCUACCUCUGACAAUCGCCUGUGUUGCCUUCUACCGGAAAACACCACUUGUGCGAGGACAUCCCCGACCAGUCCCUUGGACACCUGUAGCAGGUUAUACCCAAACUUGGCCUUGAGGAUCGCAGGAUGGGUCAUGGGUUUAUUGGCUAUAGCUGGCAACGGCGGUGUUCUCUUUAUUCGGCUUCGGGAUAUAAACAAAGUGCCAAAUAAAGUCCAGAACACUAUGAUAAUUAGCUUAGCCGUGGCUGAUAUCCUAAUGGGGCUUUACAUGAUAUUUAUCACGUCUGCCGAUCUGAAGUUUGGAAAUGAAUUUUACCUGAGGGCCCCUCAGUGGCGGGAUUCACACGUGUGUCGGGUUGCUGGUUUUCUAGGGUUUCUAUCCAGUGAGGCAUCGGUCCUAACGCUGACGUUGAUAACAGUUGAUAGGUUCAUAAGCAUUAUGUUUCCAUUUAGGCCAGAGCUUAAGAUUCGACACAAGGGGUCUAUGAUUCUAGUUACUGCUGUCUGGGCGUUCACUGUAUUAUUGAGUUUUGGACUGGUUAUUGUUACAUCAUACAGACCUGACGUGUACGGACUUUCUGACGUCUGUCUUGGUCUACCACUGCAUGUGGAGGCAAAGGAUACUGGCGUAUUAGAAAUCAUAGGAGAAUUUUUCUUCGAAUAUCGCGUGGAUUACAGGAUAGACGAAAGCAGGUCCAGGCCUCCGUGGUUGUUUUCCAUCAUUAUAUUCAUUGGGUUUAAUCUUGUUUCCUUCACUUUUAUAUUGAUCUGUUAUAUCAUGAUAUUCGUCAAAUCUACAAGAGCUUCAAAGAAUGUUCGCAACAGCAAGUCCAUGAACCAAGAAACUAAAUUAGCUGUUCGUAUGGCGAUGAUCGUUGCUACUGACCUCGUAUGUUGGAUGCCAGUCAUCAUCAUGGGAAUCCUUUCGCAGACAGGAGCAGUCACCCUUGAUCCUUCGCUCUAUGCUUGGACAGUGAUUCUCAUCGUCCCUAUCAAUUCAUCCAUCAAUCCCUUCCUAUAUACCUUCAUCAUGUACAUCGAAGGCAUGAAGGCGAAAACGAAAUCAAGGAUGAAAGAUGACAAAAUCAAUUUAGAAGUAAAAAACAACCAUAUAUGUGAAACAUCCCUAAGUAAUCAGAAGUGAUAACUAAAAAGCUAACACUUUAGCCUUUAGGACGUGCAAUAAUUGAAUUCCGCCCAAAUCGAACUUUUGUCAACUACUUACUACUAGUGGGAUUAUGAUUUAAGUACUAUGUGGAAGGAAUUACUAGUUUUAACCUGUACUUAUUUUGUUCUUGUUACCACUUUCUUAUAUAUAUCCUUUAAGAGUACAUCUCACCAUUUUUUUCUGCCCUCAUUAUUUUAGAAAAUUAAGCACCUUUGCUUUGUGUUAGUCUUAAAGCAGGAGCCAUCUAGUUGGUCCCAAAAUAUUCUUAAUCAAAUAGAACCAUUCCCCUGGAAAGGUGCUGCGCGUAAGGGGCAAUUCAAAAUAAAUAGUGCGGUAUACUCCAUUGUCAAUUGAAGAACCAUGGUUAUAAGUCAUACCACAAAGAAGACACCACUUUAUCACCCACCCCUUUUUUCUUUACUAAUGGAGAAUCUGUAGGUAUUUUUCUUUAAGUCUGAAACAGUGCAAGGGUCGUGGAAAUUAAUCUGUAUAGUCAAUGUUAGCGAAUCAGAACUAAUUUUUAAUUUUAUUCGCCGUAUGGCCUGACAUUUGUUAUAAAUAAUUGUCUGUGUUUUAGUUCAUUGCCUUUUUAGAUUUGUUCAUCUGUGUCUGAGUGAUGGUGUUUUUAAUGUCAUUAUAAAGCUAGAGUCUUUCCGUAAAUUCGACUAAACUCAUAUUCCUUUCCAUUCUCAUUUUGCCUAGUUAAACAUAUAUAACAUGCUUUACUUCUGAUGAGUUACGUUAGUCUCGUUACAGUCUACUGAACGAUCACAUGUUUGAUAUGUCGCCGUUAGGUAAAGCCCUUCUUAAGUUCACCAUGCAUAGCAUUUUGUACUUUAUCAUGUUUGUUUUGCACCAUAAAUGUGAUGAAUUGGAAGUAUGUAAGAUCCAGCCUAAUUUGACAUAGUCCAGUAUUUUGAAAAAAAAGUGGGCCUGUGAUGGAACAAUGAUCUUCAUUGGUCGUUGGCAUUUUGAAUCGAAAAACCUCAAUAUCUCAGAACCACGCGUAAAGAAUAGCAAGGGCAAUCCCACACACACACCAAAUAAAGUGCAAAAUAACAUAUACGCGAAGUGGGAAUUAUUAGGCCGUGAGGUUAAAGCCACUUGCAUAUUAGGCGAGUAUUAGUCAGUGACGGUUGGACGAAUUUAUGACUGGACCAAAUUUAAAGUAGACCAUGUGAGUAUUAACGGUUUUAGUCAAAUCUGAAAAUUAGACGAUCUACUAUUAUUUGAACAACCUGUAUUGCAAAACUGCAACAAGGUUUGAAUACUAUGAAUGGCCAAGUCUAACUUAUGUGUACCAUGGUGUUUAAUAAGAUGUUUAUAGAGCAGAUAAUGUAAAAACAAACGCAAAGCCUAAAUAUCAAACUAAUGAAAAGAAAUAGCGCUUAUGUUAUUUUUCAUGUUAUUAAUAUUUUAUUUUCUGCAUUUAGUUAUUCCAUUGGGUGCGUAUUUGAACGGUUAACUGGCAUUCUGGUUAAAUAAUUCUAAAAUCAAAUGUUCCAUUCACUGUGCUGUUAAGUAAUUUAUUAAAUGAGAUGUUUGUUGAAAUCAAA